AAGUACGUGGACUAGCUAGUUAGCUGGAACUGGAGUGGUGCUUAGUCUAAAAAGUGAUGGACCAGUCGGAAGAGUCCCGGACUGUUGUGGUCUCAGGUGUACCGGAGAUAUUAACAUCUAGUAGAAUGGCGGACAAACUGGUUAUUCACUUUCAAAGGUCCAGAAGUAACGGAGGAGACGUGGUUAGAAUCCAAUACCCUACAAACUAUAAGGGUGUUGCUUUCAUCACGUUCGAAGACAUCGAAGAUGCUGAGAGGGUCCUUAAGAAGGAACAGAUAAUGCAAGACAAGGAGUUCCCCAAAGAGUAUGCCCUUACUGUAUUCAAAUUUAGUGAUGAUGUGUUCUUCUUUGUGCGGGCUGAAGUGGACCUGUCGCUCUUCAGCAAUUACGACAAACUGAUCCAGGAUCUGCAGGCCGUGCACCGGUCAGUCAGAAUCUCCCUGUUGCCGUCUAAGGGAAGGGUCACAGUAGAGGGGCCCUUCAGGGCAGUGAGAGAGCUGAGAGAAGACCUGCUCAGACAAGCCCGGACAGGUAGGGAUCGUCGUGUGGGGUCGAGAACAGAUGACCAGUCAGCAGAUGUGUUAAAGGGUUCUUUGGAGGACACUUCUGGCGAUGAUCAAGAGAGUUCUAUAUGGGUGGAUACCAAUACUCUCAGGUACAUUCAGAAGUUUUACAGCGACGACUAUGACCGCUGUCUGAGUAAGUACUUUGUGGAUGCGGGUCUUGAGGAGGUGGGCGAUCUUACUCUGAUAACACUGAAGGGGAAAGGGCGGUCCUCCUCAGUACGGAGUGCCAAAUCAGAGCUGGAACAUCUGGUGAUGACCAGGCAGUCCGCCCUACGCUUUCAGCGGAUCGACUACAGGAGCCCAGACGAACACCAAAAGAAAAAGCUUUUGCACCUGUGCAGAGACUUAAAUGCCUUAUACAAUGAUAUUCUUUUGAUUCCACUGGACUCUUGCAUUGAGGUCAUCGGACCCUCUGCCUCAAGUCACCUGUUCUGUAAGGGGGUGGAGCACAGACGACGUCUACCAGCGGCAGAUGUCCCCCCCCACCCCCACCGCGAGCGCCGCGUUGGGCCCACCGCGCCGGCAGCCCCUCCAUCUGGAGCGCAUUUCCCAGCCUCUGAGCUCCGCGGGUCGGUGGAAGAGCUCCAGACCGCUGAGGAGCAGAACGGGGCCGCUGACAGGCAGAACGGCCCCAGCCCCUUGCCGGCUCCCAUGGGGUCCUCUGAUCUGAGUGUGGGGCAGCUCUCAGAUUCACCCUCUGGUGUGAGUGGGGAGGGCCAGACCAAGCGCCUGCAGUCUCAGAGAAUCACGACCAACAUGCUCAAUCGCUAUGACAACCCCACUGGAGCCCAGCCUUAG